CUUUACACUGUGGGGAGCGGGCAGCUGACACACCUGAGGGAUGGGGCUGGCGGCUCUUGGCGGCCACGUCUUCUCGGUCACGCCGCUCCCAGCCCGGUGUGCGAGCAGCUCCUGCUUUCCGCGGCUCCAGGUGUGUCCUGGCGCCGUGUGAGGCCUACGCGCUUUGUCACCGCCGUACACACAGAGGGGUCACGCAAGCACAGCCUGUAGGUUCCCCCGUCUGUAGGUUCUGCCACAUAAGCCUCCUUUUUCCACUGGGGAAUGUGGCGUGCAGGUGGAGCUCAGGGCCUUGAGUUUGUUGCUUGAGCCUUCUGGAUGUUUGGCAGGUCAGUUAAAGUGGUGAUUGAGCGUGGCAAGUGGGAGCCUGGUGAAUCGCCUGGCCGGCUCGGCCUCUAUGCUUACUAGUUCUUUACAGAAAUAAUGCAGACCUGUGCCGGCCCCCUUGAGAGGCAAGACUGUCACAGAGACUGCAUUUCCUAACUACGUGCUUGCUAUGUCCUCCCCAAGAACGCAGGUGGAUAUAUGCUUUUGUAUGCAGCAUCACUGUCCCGAAGGAUAGUCAGGGAGUCUGUGAGAGAUUAGCAAGAAAAGAUAUUCCUGUGUGGGACAGUCACAGAGCAGUAUCCUCCAUCACUGGAGAUACUGUAGUGCAGCAAGUGUUCACAUGUGUUGUUUUCGUUCCACAUCAGAAAAUAGGCUCUGCUUAAACACCAUCCCAGAGGAGGACGAGGACAUAGGAGCUAAUAAAACAGCUGGUUUUUUCCCCCAGUCCUGUUUUUGAGUGGAGGCAGAGUAAUAUUUUUUUUAUAGGUGGGGGAUAGAGUCAGUUAUUCACAUAAUAUCAUACUUGCUUUCUAAUUUACAGAAAGGAGGAACUGAGAAGCCGGAAGUAUGCAUAAAACACAUAUAUCUUGAGAGGAGAGACCAUUGUGCCAACAGUGUUCCUUCCACCAAUUCGGAGGAGGAGAGAUAGUUUCUUCCAUAUCUGACAGUAGUGCUCUAUUCCAGAUGCUUCAUGCUGAAAAUAGAAUAAGGCUCUCAGAGUGUCACGAUGAAAUAAAAACUGAACCAUAUUCUAAAAGGAUGAAGUCAACAGAAGGGACUUACGAGAAACUCCCUGAUGAUGAUAACCAAGGUAUUCAGCAGGAGGUGGAUGCUGAGAGUACAUCAAGUGGUUGGAUACCAGCGUGUGCCUCAGAUAACCAAGGGCAACAUGAAAUGCAGAAGCAGGAGAAAAUACUGACUGGUGUCUUGGGAUCAUUGAAUGAAGUUCUCCUUGAAAAUAAUCCAGUGCUUAGUGAGCCAGUUGAUUUAGAAACUCUGCAGAAUGUAAAUCCUCCAUUUGCAUCGAUAAAUGACACUAAAGUUGAAGAAGAGAAAGACCCUUUUAUUACAAGUAAUGCCGGUGAAGAUAAUAGUAAAAAAAGUAGUACAUCAUUAUCAGUAAAUAGAAAUGCAUCAGAUGAAGAUUUUUUUACAAGCACAGAAUUUAUAGGACCUAUUUACAAGCCUGCCAAAAGUAACAAACAGGGUGAAUCUGGCAGUUGCAAUGAAUGUAGAAGCAAUGGGGGAGAUGGGAGUGAAUUACAUGAAAACAGACCUAAAAGAAAGGAGGCUAAGAAGAUGGAGGCUGUUUCUGCCACUGUACCAGAAAUAGAUGAUGAACUGGACCAGUUCUAUAAAGAAAUUCAUCAGCUGGAAAAUGAACAUUUAGAUACUAAUCCUCAGGGAAAAGAAAGUGAAAUUUCUCAGGAACAACAGUCUCCAUAUAACUGUAGUCAAAGCUCACAAGAGGAUUGUCAGCACAUAUUGUUGGACAGCCCACAGCCAUUUUAUGAGAAUGGACAGCGUUUUCUUGGCGAACAGAACAGUCAGAAAACUAGUAAUGAGCAGCAGUUUGUUGUGGAAACAGAUGGCUGGAAAACUGAAAAUACCUUUAAUGGCCAAGUAGAUGCUAAACAUUGGAACUGCUCAGUGCCUGAAUUCAGACCUGCUUGGCAGACUAGAGCAUCUUUCGUAGUACCUCAGGGACCUCUUCUUCCUAGACUGAACCAUCAGUCCCGUUUUCAGACACUUAAUUCCCCACCACAAAUUCCAAAUGCUCUCCCUUUUCAGAAUGGGGAACUUUGUUAUGAAAAUCGUCGUAGUUACUAUAGAAAUACUGAUAUCAACAAUCACGGUCCACUGCUUGAUCAAAAUACCAGCUAUGCUAGUCAUAUUGACAUCCAUACUACUCAGGUCUUCAGAAAUGAAAAUAAUGACCAGAAGGGACUCCAAAAUAAUGGUUUCUGUGAAACCAGAGAAGAGUGUUGGAAGGAUCCAAAAGCCGACAAUACAGAAGGAAUGUGCAGCUUUUCUUCCUUGCAGUUAUCUGAAGAAAGAUUUGGUUGUGCACAGAAAUUUCUUCUAAUCUUAAGAGGCUUACCUGGUUCAGGGAAAUCUACGCUUUCUCGCAUUCUGCUUGGUCAGAGUUGUGAUGGCAUUGUAUUCAGCACCGAUGAUUACUUCCGUCAGCAGGAUGGAUACACAUAUAAUGCUGCUCAGCUUGGUGAUGCCCAUGACUGGAACCAGAAGAGAGCAAAGCAAGCAAUGGAGCAGGGAAGAUCUCCAGUUAUAAUAGACAACACUAAUACUCAAGCCUGGGAAAUGAAGCCGUAUGUGGAAGUGGCUCUAGAAAAAGGUUACAGAGUGGAAUUCCAUGAACCAGAUACUUGGUGGAAGUUUGAUCCUGAAGAAUUAGAAAAGAGGAAUAAGCAUGGGGUCACUCGUGAGAAGAUUGCUCAGAUGUUGGAACGAUAUGAAUAUCAAAUAUCUAUACCUAUUGUCAUGAAUUCAGUGGUACCUUCCCACAAAAGCACUCAAAGACCACCUCUGCAGCGAAGACAUAGGGAGACAAUUUUAAAGACGAUCACUGGGCACCCGUUGACGAAAGCAAAGCAGAAGAAAAAGCGAAAAAGAAACAAAACAAUGGAAACUAAUCACACAGAAAUUAUGAAGAAAAUGUUACAUGGAGUAGAUUGUUAUCCAGCUCCAGGUGACCAGGACAGAUCAGAAAGUGAAGAGGAGGAUGUGGAAGAAGAAAACAGGAAAUCAUUGUGUACAUUCAGCAAAGGUCCAAAGGAUCCAGUAAUAGUUUGUGAAGAGCAGCCUAACAGUGAUGAUGAAAGCCUAAGAGAAACUGCAGGGGUUUCAAGAGAAAGGUUUGUGGUUGCUGUGCCUGAGGUCUCGAUGUCAAACAGUGCACUGAAAAAUGAAUUGCCUGUAGAAAGUGACAGUUCACUCUUAAUAGAUGUAAAACUUUUUUCUACUGAAAACCUAACCAAAAAUGCGUUCAAUGAUGAGGAAGCAAAUCAAAGGCGCAGAGAAAAUCUUUGCGGAAGCAGUUUCCUAAAAAUAAGCAAUGAUGAAAAUUCCAUCCAUGAAACAGAAGGCAUCUGUGAAGAGAAUGACACAUCACUGUUAAGCAUAGAAGAAAAAACGAAAUCGUGUCAAAUUACAUGUGAACCUGACUUGGAAGCUAAGCUGAUAAGUUUAAACAGUGAAGAAAAACAAAUCUCUCAGUGUUACAAUUCAAAGGUACGUGAUGUUGUGCCUGAUAAUAACACAGAGGGCAAAGGUGCAUUAAAAGCAGAAGAGACUAGCUCUAAUGCCUGGGCUUUUUUUUCAGUUAAUUUAUCUACUGAGGAAUUGCAGCCUGGCUUUGAUACACAAGUUUCUCUCUCUCCUUGGUCUGAGGAUAAAUUUGUAGGUGAACAAAGACCCCAAAAAAUGAGGAAACCUAAACCAACUCAGACAAACAGUUCACAGCUAAACUGCGAUCAGUCAAAAGAAGGAUUGGUAAAGGAAAAACAUUAUGAAACAGAAACUGAGGAGUUUGGCAACAUAAUAAGCAAUGGUAUGUCUGCAUCUCCAGCUGGUGAAGUGCACUUUGAUUCCCUUGUGGAAGCCAGGGCCACCUUCAUGCAGUGUUCGAGUGAAGUAAAUGUUCCAAUAAAUGAUGCUACACCAAUUACAUUGAAGAGGAAAAGGUGCAGGAGAAUUGUUAACUUAGCACCAAAGUUUAACCUACCAAGAGAGAUUGCUGAUCAUACAGAGGGAGGGAAGGAAGUCCCAGUAAAAGAAAACGUUCCCCAAAAAAGUGUUUUGGAAGUGAAGCAAAAGAACUUCCUAAGCAAGGACCGUGGAGAUGCACAUGAACAGGACUCUGCAUUGCAGGAAUAUUUUGCACCUUACAGUGACACCGAGGCAACCUCUUCCUUACCCACUCCUGAUGCUGAUGCUCUGUUACACAAUAUUUCUCACAUUCAUUCAGGACAAUGUUCUCCUGUAUCAAAAUAUUCCUGCAGUGUUUGUGUAGCUUCCAGAACAAAGGAGGAGCAAACUACAACUCUUAAGAUGCAAGAGGUAGUUGAUAAAAAAGAGGAUGAGAGCGAACAAGUUUCUUCAGAGGUUAUAAAUGGCCAACCAGAUAUUUUGUCUUCUGUUAAAAUUGUUUCUGAAUAUCCAGAAGAUUCCAGUAUAUUGGCAAGCUACAGUGAAAAGGUGAAUGAAGCAGAUGACCCUGAACCAGCAGAGGCCUCACAACUUGAAGAUAAUCAAGAUGUGGAUGUGAAAUGCAGUUUUCUGGGACUUCCCUUAUCAUUAGGAUUUGCCUUUCAACUUGUGCAGCUCUUUGGUUCUCCAGGUCUUCCACUGGUUUAGUCAUUUUAAGUUGGAAAGUAAAAGACAAUCAGUCCUCAAAGGAGCUGUGUGUGGCAACCAUCAUUUCCAAAUGUACUGCAGGCUAAGGUGACCCUACAAAGCUGUAAUCAGCAACAAAACCAUGUUUUAUUGGGAAUCACCCUGGGAUACAGUGCUGUGUAUGCACCUGCUGAAAGAGCCAUGUUCCCUGUGCAUUUGGACCCUUCAAAUUUUUGGGUCCAAAUUUAGUGGACAAACUGUAGCUUUCAUUUAGCCAAAAAAUAGGAUUAAAAACCACAGACCAGCUUUUCAGCACAUAGACCUUUACAUCUGUUUGUUUCAGUAGAAUUUAAAGUUAAGCAUGUAUUUUCAUGUGACAGCUGGGGAGCACCUUUGUCUGUUUGUCUGGCCAAACUAACCUCAGCAUUCUUUGUUUUUAUUGUAAAUGUUGAUGGCAAUACCACCUGCCAGAAGAGUGAUGCAAACCGUGGGAAGUAUUACUUGGCUUGGUCCCCAAAGGACCUGCAGUGCUGAUUCACUUAAAUCUGUCACCACACACCAAAGAACUUGACAUACAGAGCUGAAACAGAGCAAGGAAGUACUGCUGAUAUCCUUGACUGUUACGUAUAAAACAUUUUUCUUCUCCAAACUUGGAGAAACUUCAUAUCCGUGAUUAGAUUUCAUAAUCUUAGAGAGAGUUGGCCGUGACUUGAAAACAGGUAUGUUCUAGGGGAAAAAAAAAGGCAAAACCAAGUAUUCAGAAACAAUCAGUAGGUUAGUGAACCAAAUGUUAUUCUUCUCUGAGUCAGUAACAGGUGAAAAUCUGGCAUUUAGAUGAGCUUCCUUUGGAAAUAACCUUUAAGAAAUAUCAACCCACCUUGCUAUCUCUCUGAAGCUCUGCCAGCUUAUGACUGCUCUCUGCUGGAGUUUUUCCAUCAGAACUGCAUGCACUGUCUGCAGAAGGCUGGCCAUGUUCUCCUUUGAUUAUCAUUAUCCUACAAUUUCAAAAAUUCUUGUGCUUUUCAGUGGCAUAUUAUAUAUUGACAGGUUACUAUUUAUUCAUGCACACAUUUGAACUGUAGUGUUCUACAACACUGGCAAUUGCAGUCAAUUUUUAUUGAAAUUAUUUUGUUGGGGAAAAUUUUGGUAAAUAAAUGUCUUUAGUUAUUUAUAAACGAACAUUUAGUUGAUUGACUUUCUUGUGUGAUUCUCAUGUAAGUGUAGAAGAAUAUACUUUAGAUAGUUUUCCUAUGAAGACUCUCUUUUCAGCUUCUUUAACGGCGUUAGAAUUAAAACAUUUUAGAAAGUAAUUUCUUUAAUGAUAUUGCACAAAUUCCUAUAAUUAAACAUUUUAAUAUUUAAAGGUUUUUACUUGAGUUGCAUUUUGUUUAAUUUAUCAUCUGAAAGCUUUCUGGUUUUCUUGUUUUCUAGUUUUGGAGGAGUAUGUGGGGGAAAUGAAAGUAUGGUAGGAAAGCAUUUCUCUAAAUAAAGAAACCAAACCCAAAUCUCCUUCCCCCUCUUCCCUCUCCUCUGCACUGGCCUUAGAUUCUAGAAAUCCUAAAUUCUGACUUUGCUGCUCGCUCGUUGAAGUAUCUGCUUUUUUUAAAAAAGGUAUACAUAUAAUGUGUGCAAAAAUUGUAAUUCAGUAUAUAUUUUGGGUGUGGAGAGAUCUGAACACUCAACUGCAAAAAAUAUUUUCUUCUGCAGAAUCCUUGUUGCCAGAUGAUUUUAUAGUUCCUCUUGACUGGAAAGUUUCAAAGAUGAUCUAUUUACUGUGGAAGACCUCUGUGGAGG